AAUUAUCAAAUACCUGUUAAACCAAAUUUCUCAAUAACUUUUAGAAUGGCUAAGAGCUAUACUCAUUCUGCUUCCAUGGUAGUAGCAGAGAAGAUCUCGUGGUACUGCGCGGUGUUCGCCACCAUGAUGCUGUUAAUGAGCUGCUGCCACGUAGAAGAGGAGGCCGGUUCCACAAAUACCAACGUGCAGAAACAGCAUCCAUCGAUGAUGAUCGCCAGGUAUUCUGAUCGGCGCCCAGCAUGCGAUGAGAUAUAUGAAGUGAAAGAAGGAGAGACGUUGCAGACGAUAAGUGAGAAAUGUGGAGAUCCAUAUAUAGUUGAAGGGAAUCCUCAUAUACAUGACCAUGAUGAUGUUUUCCCUGGUUUACUCAUCAGAAUCACUCCUUCUUUUUAAUAUCAGUGAUUAUAUAUUUAAUGUAUUAGUAUCAUAUGGAUCUUGUUUUUCUUUGAUGUACUUGUGAGUGUGAAUUGAGAAAUAUUAUAAUCCUCUCGAUCUGAAUAUUAUAUUGUAUAGUACCAGUUUGGUUAUCGUUAGGACUACCUAAUUAAUUACAAAGUUGUCAUUUCGAUCAGUUUGAUGGCUCUCUUCAUGCAAUAGAUGUAACAAUUUGGAAUCGAGCUCAAAGUAUGCAAUCGGUUAAGUGCCACCGCUAUUAACCGAUUUCAUGAGCUCUCUCGACCUUCUAAAUUCUUGGACUUAUAUAUUUGUUGGAAUAGAAGUGAGUUUGUCUAAGAAAAAGUAUUCUUAAAAUAUUCUUUUUAAUUUUACAAUUAACACUCUUAAACUUAUAAAUAUUCAAAAUUAAUUCAUUCAUUAUAUCUUUUGGAAGUUUUUCAUAAAAGUGCAAUAUUAUUUAAUUUAAAAAAUUUUAUUACAAAAACAUUAAACAAAAAUAAUAAAACAAAGUAGACAUUAUCUAACCAUCAUUAUUAUUAUACUUUUCCCAUAAUAAUCAAUUAAUUAGUGCAUUAUAAAAUGAUAAAUUAGUUUUUUUAUCUUUGAUAUUUUUGUUAUCGCUUAAAAAUUCUUCGAAUCAGUUAUCUUCAUCAUCUGAUAUUUGAAGCAAUCAAUAAUAAAAUCAACAAGUUGCAUGUCCAUCCAUUUCGUUUGGACAAUAUUCUAACGAUUUUUGUAGAUCCGGAAGUAAUUUACCAGAAUAUUAAAUUGUUUUAAUAUUAGACCUUAUAAAUAACUUUGACGGAUAAACUAACACGUGUAGAAAAUAUAAGCUAUAACUGGACAAAUUUAUUUACUCAUGUAGAAAACAUGAGCUACAACGGGACAAACUUCUUUACCCAAUUUUAGUCAUUUUCAAACAAGAUGAUGGAGAACUUGGGCAUCUAAUGCAUUUACAUUUUUCAAGUCCACACUUCCAAAACUAUGUAUACUUUUUUGCCAAAUACAUCUCCCCAUUUAUGAAAAUUCCAAAACGAGGUAAGUUAUAUAUGAGGCCUUUGAAAGGCAAGUAUACUCUAAGCGCUCGCCUAUAUGUUGUGUUUGUGUACUUGGUUUUUGUUCGGGGUUGGUGCUUAUUCUGCGUGAUACGUGAAUUCAAGCUAUUCUGGGUUUUGUUAAACUGAUUGGAACCGCUUAUGGAUAGUAAUAUUCUAUGUCUUCUUUUUGUUAGAUAGAUAGAAUGUGGAAGCACCGUAGUCUAGUGGUUAUGGUUUAAAGGCUUCUACACCCAGGUCUGGGGUUCAAAUCCCAGACUAUGCAAUUUCUCGCAGAUUGCACAGGAAAUCCAGGUUUCAAUUCCCGGAGCAAGCGAUUUAUUCAACAAUUAUGCGAUUACGGAAGAAAGACUUACAAGGGUUUCUCAACAUGGUGCAAGUAAAUCCAGUCAGGCGUGAUCUUCAUAGGACGGCUCAAAUGAUGCAGUUAGGCGUAGAUCCAUAUAAGGCAGGUAGUAUUGUCGGUUAUCGAAUCGUCUUUGUAAUCUUUCUCAUAAUUGUAAUAUCUAAAUAAAUCCCCGACAAAAAAAAAAGAUAGAAUGUGAAACAUUCUAAGUCUUCAUAUGUCUCGUUUAUGGGGAUUAUGUCCUACAUUUUUCUAUU